GUACGGCGGACGCUAAUACUCGUUUUUUCACCAAUAUGCUUCACACCGAAAGAAGAAAAAUAGGAUUAUGAGGCUUAAAGAUGAGCAUGGGCAGUGGAAAGAAGGUGAUGAGCUUCUGCCAGUGGUUUCUCACUAUUUUAAAAACAUCUUCCAAACUGAAGGUGUUGGUCCCUCUACUGCUUUUGAUGGCUUUCAGACGAGGGUUUCCCGAACCCAAAAUGACUCCCUUGUCCAACCUUUCACUUGUGAGGAAGUGCGUGCAGCUCUCUUCGCCAUGCAUCCAGAUAAAUCUCCCGGUCUAGAUGGUAUGAACCCAGCUUUCUUCCAGAAAUCAUGGAACCUUGUAGGCUCGGAUGUUUGUAAGUUUGUCUUAUCUUGCCUCAGUGGUAAAGUCCUCCCAGAUAAUAUUAAUGAUGCCAAUAUUGUUCUUAUUCCCAAGAAGCAGAUUCCGGAAUCUGUGUUUGACUUGCGCCCCAUUGCCCUAUCGAAGCUGGAACAAUACUUUGAGGCCGAUGAAGUGCUGCAAAUUCAUAGGGUCCCUGUCAAUACUAGAAGCUGUGAUGGAUGGUUCUGGCUUGGGGACUUCCGCGGGGCUUAUACGGUGAAAAGUGCUUACAGACGCUUGAUGGGGGAGGCUUCUCUCGUGUCCUCCUUUUCAAGCUGGGGAAGAUUUUGGAGGAUUCCGGUGGCCCCAAAAGUUCUUGUUUGCUUGUGGAGGGCCAUUCGAGGUAUCUUGCCCACGCAGGAUGCUCUCAUUUCUAAGAGAGUGGAGGUGGAUGGGGGCUGCCCUCUACGUGGAGGAGCUCUUGAAACAAUUGAUCAUAUUUUCUUGUUCUGUCCUUUUGCAGAUUCAGUUUGGAGGCUCAUCGGCAAAGGAGGGAAUAGAGUCCCAUUUAUCUCUUUCCCGAAUUGGUUCCAGGAUCGGUGCCAGAAUGACACUUUGAUGGAGCUGUGUACCAUUGAUUGGACCUGUUGGGCAAUUUGGAAAGCGCGAAACAUAGCCACUUGGGAUCAUAAAACAUUGCUCCCAGGAGAGCUUAAGAAAUUGGUGCUGUCCAUGGAAGCUCAAUGGUCGAACAAGGCUGAUGCGGAGCGGGAACAUACUUCACAGCGACACGAUGCUAGUUUCCGGGCAGAGGCACACAGGCUGCCCGGUGCUCUUCUUGACCCUUUCGGUUGGGGUUGGUGGAAGAAACGGGGCUAUCUUGGCUAUGAAGUUGAUCUUCUGGCUAAUUGGGCUACUUUCUUGGGUUUGGGAGGUUGUUUUCGCAGGGGGCACUCUUGCCAUAGACCUAGGGGAGGGGUUUGUAUGGCAGAGUGGGGUCACUUUGGAGUUAAGUUGUCCUCCUUGACGAUGGUGGACAACUUCUUGUACUUGAGGCUUGGCCCUUGGCUUGCUUACGGUGACUAUGGCAAGAAUAACUUAACUCUUGCUUUUGUUGGAUGCAACCGUUAAUGAAGAACAUUUUGACCUGAAUUUUGACGUACUCUUGCUGAUCACUUUGAGGAAUUGUUUGCGAUACCUGAUCCUUCAGGAGGGAGUAUUUAUGGUUGAGAAAAUAUCUAGAAUUCACUCCAAACCAAAGUGUUUACAAUUGACACAUAAAAUUCAUAAUGAGCACUUUAUUUGCAAUAUCUUAGUACAAUCUUCUUUCUUGAACUUCAGGUUCACAUCUUCUUUAAUUGAAGAAUAUAUAUAAUCUAGCAUAUGUCAUGGAAUUUAUCUUCCAUUCAACUCCUUCAAAAACCUUCCCUCAAUGUCUACCUACCAUUGUGGAACAUCGAUGAGGAAUCAUAUAUACAUUAGAACAAAGGUCUUGAAAUAUCAAAACGUCUCUUUUUAAUGAGAUUUUUUUUUAUGUACUAAAAUCAGCCACUUCAGGUGGUAAUUGAAUAUUAUAAGACCUUAGGUAGUAUCUCAUAUACCCAUAUAUUGUGUUUGAUGAACAUUCAAUAAAAGAUUUAUCACAUUUGGGAUGAGAUCAAAAUAAUAAAAUAUGCAGGUUGGAAUCAAAAUAGUCAAUUUCAUGAUAUUUAAAUUAGAUGCGGAAUACUAGCAAUAGAAUAGCAUAUUAGUGAGCACUUUUUCUGUGGCCAUGUACACCUGAUUUAGUUUUGAUGAUCAAAAAGCAAAUUAUAGAUGCAAAUUCAAUGUCUUAGAAAAAUAGAAAUACCUGGACUGUUAAAGGAUUAAUUUUCGCUGCCUCUCUGUUCACUACUUAUUUCCCAUCCUAGGAACCCUGCCGCGCUAGAAGGCAGAAUCAUCACAACCCAAAAGUUGCUUCAUGUCAUCGCCUCAGUCAAGUCGCACAAAAUAAUCGCCCAUUUUCGUUGAACUGAAUUUGGACCCAACGGAGACUUUUGGCGAACCGGAGAAGGACAGGGACUUGUGUCUGUGAGUGAAAAGCCCGUCGGCCUUUUAUUCGCCGCCAUCAGCAUAUGUAUGCCUCGAUUCGUUCGAUUUGUUCCUUUGUUUCCGAUGUGAAUUACUAGAAUCUGGUGGCGGCGUCGUGGGCUGAGGUCUGGCGCAGUGGCGCUAGCGGCGGAAGAAAAAAAUGGAGGAAGGAAGAGGCCUAAAAAAAUUAGGGUUUUUGG